AUGCGUUUGGUCAAGCUCCUCUGGUUGGGCGCCCUGGGGUUGGCGGGUGAAUGUGCCGCUGUCUGUACGGACCCUCCCCAACGCAAGGAAUGGAGACAGUUGGAUCGCUCCGAACGUCGCGAGUACCUGGACGCGGUGAUCUGUUUGACCAAGCUGCCCGCCGUGCCGGGGAUCAAUGGCACCGUGAACCACUAUGACGACUUCCAGGCCGUGCACUCGGCCCAAAUCCCGGAGAUUCACUGGGUGGGCCACUUUAUCCUCUGGCACCGAUACUUUGUCGCCGCGUACGAGAAAGCCCUGCGAGAGGAAUGCGGAUACAAAGGCGCUCAGCCAUACUGGAACUGGUCCCUCGAUGCCUCGCCGAGCCGCACAUCUACCGCCAUCUACGAGACCGAGAUUUUCGACGAAGAAUACGGCUUUGGCGGCAACGGUGACUACCUCUCUGCUCCGCCCUCGAAGAACCCCUUCAAUGUAACCGGUCGCACGGGCGGAGGAUGCGUACAUGGCGGCGCUUUUGCCCCGGAUAAAUUCCUGCUCAACUACCCUCAACCGGGCUGUUUGCAUCGCGACUUCAUUCCCUGGGUCAUGAACUCCUUCUCUCGACAGAGCUUGGUCGACAUUGUGACGAGUCAGCCGGACUAUACGAGCUUUGCGCGCGCAAUCGAGAACAUCCCUUCGUUCGAGGAGCCGAAUAUCCAUGGCGGCGCGCAUUUUGGUGUCGGUGGCAUCUUGGGGACGUUGGGCGAUCCAGCGGAAAGUCCUGGUGAUCCUCUGUUCUUCCUCCAUCAUGGAAACCUUGACCGUGUCUUGUGGGAGUGGCAGCGUAAGGAACUUCCGGCGCGCUAUCACGAUGUCGGCGGUCCGAUCAUUCCGAUGGACUAUGGUGGUGUCAACGUGACACUGGAAUUUGAGGUUAACAUUGGCAAGUUGGCACCCAAUGCCACUCUGGAGCAGUUGCUGGGGAUACAGGGCGAUGUAUUGUGUUAUGAUUAUUAG